AUGUUUGUAUUUGCCGUUUCCAGGUCCCAGCUCUUGUCUGCGGACAUGCUGGAGGAGUUGAGAUACAAGGCCAAGAUGCAAUACCACCAAGCCCAUGUCCUCGACCUCGCAUCUUGCGACGUUGAUCUUGAGGACCAUAUCAAUGGCUACAUUGAGGGAUACUGCAAGCAGCAGACCUGCGCUACUACAUCAUCGUCUUCAGUCUCUCUCGCCUCAAACGACACUUCCACGAAGUCCAAGUCUAGGCUGAGGCGCUUUCUUCACCGUAUCACCGGGAAGAAGCUCUAG